AUGGUUUUUAGUUCUUCAAUCAGUUUCCUCGUUUUAUACAUUUUUAUUGCAGUUUCUUUUGGGUUUCCUGUUAAUUCUUUAGAAACAAAAAACCACCAAUCAGUCAAUCAAACCUUUAGAUCUGCACAACAACUUCACAAAUUGAAGAAGAUGAUAGCUACCCGUCUUCAGCAAAUCAACAAGCCCGCAAUUAAGACCAUUCAGAGUCCCGAUGGUGAUAUCAUAGAUUGUGUUUUGAAUCAUAAACAACCAGCUUUUGAUCAUCCUUUAUUAAAAGGACAAAAACCAAUGGAUCCUCCUGAAAGUCUAAGAAGGCAGCAUCAAAUAGAAAAUACGAGUGAUCAUUUUCAAAUAUGGAGUUUAUCGGGUGAAUCAUGUCCAGAUGGAUCAAUUCCAAUUAGAAGAAUAACAGAAGAAGACAUGUUAAGAGCUUACUCUAUUAAUAGCUUUGGAAGAAAAUUUGACGAUCCUUAUGUACAUGAAUAUGUAGUUGUUUCAGAGAAAAAUGAUAAGUUCCAUGGAGGAGAGGGUACCUUUAACGUGUGGCAACCUUAUAUAGAAAAUGAAAGGGAAUUUAGCUUGGCUCAAAUGUGGCUUGUCGCUGGUACAUCUGGAAAAGAUCUCAACUCCAUUGAAAUUGGUUGGCAGGUUUACCCGCAUCUCUACGGUGACUACCGCACUCGAUUUUUUAUCUAUUGGACGGCUGAUGAUUAUAAAAAAACUGGGUGCUACAAUUUAGUUUGUUCAGGCUUUGUUCAAACUAACAAAAAUUAUGCAAUAGGAGGUGCAAUUAAUCAGAUUUCUACAUAUAAUGGAGUGCAGUAUUCUAUGAACUUAAAGGUGUUGAAGCAUAACUAUACUGGACAUUGGUGGCUUGUAGCUGGACCAGGAGCUGGAACAUUAAUUGGGUACUGGCCGUCCAAUUUGUUCACACACUUGAAGUCUGCUGCAGAUGAAGUUAAUUUUGGUGGAGAAAUAGUGAACAUAAAAACAACAGGGUCUCACACUUCCACCGCAAUGGGAAGUGGAAACUUUCCUGACGAGGGUUUUAGAAAAGCUGCAUAUAUUAGAAAUCUGCAAGUUAUAGAUGGUGACAACAACUUGAAACCUUUCAAAAAUCCUAAAUAUGGUCUUACAAAUUUUUUUUGUUAUAGUAUAUUACAAGGAAAUACUAAUCCGAAGUGGGGCUAUCACAUUUACUUUGGUGGGCAUGGCAGGGGUUAUAACUGUCGCUAA